AUGGAGGGGAGUUGCAGAGACGUGAUUUUGUGCAAGGGUGAAAAGGGAGGGAAUGAAGGUCAAGAUGCUUAUAUCGAAGUGUUCGAGGGAGCUGGUUACAACUGUCAAAUCCUGUCGACUCUGACAUUUUCAUUCGUUAAUUCCCAGAGACUGCGAGAUUGUCUGGACACCCCUCAAUUAUAUUCUGGUUUAAUUUUCACGAGCCAACGAUCGGUGGAAGCUAUCAAACACUGCACUUCAAAUAACCCUUUAAAAGACUCAUGGAAGGACUUGCCCACCUAUUGUGUGGGUCCAACAACCGAAAAUCUAGCAAAAAAUACACUUGAUCUCCCCAACUGCAUGGGUUCACAGAGUGGGAACGCUCAGGAGUUAGUAAAAUUCAUAAUAUCUCGUCAUAAAAAUCGAGAUCGACACCUGCUGUAUCCCUGCAGUAGUAUCGCUCGCGAGACAGUCCAGCAGUUGCUGGAGGAGGCUCAAAUCCCUAUUGAAAAAAUAAUCGCUUACGAGACCCUGCCCUCAGAAUCCUUGGAGAACGAUCUCUUAAAUAUUAUCAAGGAAUCCCAGAUAGUUGUAUUUUUCAGUCCUUCGAACGUCAAAAACGUUAUGUCUAUAGCCGAAAAGAAUAAUUUAACCAGCAGAAUUAAGCCUGUGGCUAUCGGGCCUGUGACAGCUGAAGCAAUCAGAGAGCGAGGGCUCAGGAUUUGUGCCACUGCAGCCAAACCAGACCCUCAAGCCGUCUUAAAAUCAAUUCAAGAUGCACAGAUUGGCAUUGUUGAUCAGUGA